AACGUAUCUAAUAAUACAGUGUUUAUGCAGAUAAUACGGCAUGAUAGCGCACCUAGAUAAGGAUACGAAAAGUGUCGUCACAGAUAUCAUUAACGUCGAUUACAUAAUUGUUCUUUUUACUUCGAGGACGGGUAACAAUGUGAGAGAGAAGGCAUAUCUCAUGAUUGAGUAUUAACUAAUGACGUGAUGUGACGUGACGUGACGUGUCUAUUUUUUUCUCUUGGUUUCUUUUUUCUCGUUACUUCCGAAGUCAAUUGUUUGCGUAAAUGUUUCGAAGAUACAAUCUCGUCGCAAGGCCGCUCUGCGGUGCAGCGAGUGCGUCGACGGAAGCUGCUGCAGUCACAGAGACAUCGUCUCGGUUACAGCGACUCAGGACGAAAUUGCGGGAAGAUGAACAACAUGGGAUACUUACGGAUACGUUCGGACGGAAGCACACAUAUCUCAGAAUAUCUGUUACGGAGCGUUGUAACCUUCGCUGUACAUAUUGCAUGCCUGCGGAGGGCGUCAAACUGACCAAGAAGGAAGGUAUUUUGAAAACAGACGAGAUAAUACAGAUAGCCGAUCUCUUUGUCAAAGAAGGAGUACGCAAAAUACGUUUAACUGGUGGCGAGCCUACAGUUCGUAAGGAUAUCAUUGAUAUCGUCGAGCAAUUGAAGCAAUUGAGGGAUCUGGAACAAGUUGCGAUCACAACUAACGGACUGACUCUGACUCGUCAGUUGCCAGCUCUUCAGAGAGCGGGAUUGGAUGCGCUGAACAUAUCACUGGACACUCUUAAAGAAGAGCGCUUUGAAUCGUUUACUCGCAGGAAAGGCUGGGCAAGAGUUGUGGCUGCUAUAGAUCUGGCUGUCCAACUUGGUUAUAAUCCCGUAAAGGUCAACUGCGUGAUAAUGCGAGGGCGCAAUGAUGAUGAAAUAAUAGACUUUGUCAACUUCACGAAAGAUCGUCCUAUUGAUGUACGUUUUAUAGAAUAUAUGCCGUUUCAAGGAAACGAAUGGAAAGAGAACAAAAUGGUGUCAUUCGAUGAGAUGAAGAGAAUAAUCCGAGAGAAAUAUCCCGAUUUCCAAGCACUACCAAAUCAGCCCAACGACACAUCCAAGGCUUAUCAUGUGCCAGAAUUCGUAGGGCAAGUUGGAUUUAUUACAUCUAUGAGUCAACAUUUUUGUGAUUCAUGCAAUCGUUUAAGAAUAACAGCGGAUGGAAAUUUAAAGGUGUGCUUGUUUGAGGGAAAAGGUGAAGUCUCACUGCGAGAUGCUUUGCGAAAUGGUGCUUCGGAAGAUGUGCUUAAGGAUUUAAUAAAAAGGGCAGUAUCGCGAAAAAAAAACAACACGCAGGUAUCAAAUCGCAAGGAAAAACUUUCUCGUAAUAUGCAUAAUACCACGUCAAUGCAAUACAAAUAUUUCCCAUAUAUACCUAAAUACCUUGAAAGUAAUGCAAGUAUUAGAACGUAUUCGUCAUUAUCGCACAUAGAUGAAACUGGUAAAGCGAGUAUGGUGGAUGUCGGGUGGAAAAAUGACAGUAAACGCGUAGCAAUAGCGAGGGGAUUCGUGAGGAUAGGUCCCGUUAUCAGUAAUUUGAUCGCGGAAAAUAAUGUGAAGAAGGGUGAUGUGUUAUCAGUGGCUCAAUUAGCCGGGAUUAUGGCAGCUAAACGUACUUCUGAGCUAAUACCUCUAUGUCACCCACUCUCCUUAUCUUACGUGAACGUACGUCUAAAAUUGAACGAGGAAUCGCACACGGUUGAUAUUACGUCAGAGGUCAGAUGUACUGGCAAGACCGGCGUCGAAAUGGAAGCUUUAACUGCCGUGAGUAUAGCAGCUCUCACGAUCUAUGAUAUGUGCAAAUAUGCGGCCACUCCUGGCACAAUGGAAAUAUAUGGUAUAGAAUUGAUCUCGAAAACGGGUGGCACAAAAGGUGACUUCGCGAUAGAUAAAGCAUAGGUACCUUUACUACACGAAUAAGAUACAGAUUCAUUCCAUUAUUUCCAAUAUCUUAAUACGGACUAGAGUACAAGAUUCUAAAAGGCUCAAAUAUGUUUGAAUAGAAGAAAUUUAAAAGAUUGUUAAUAUGCUUAAAUUGUUUGGGAUAUCUAUUUAAUUUUUAUAUAAUGCUAUAUUUUUAUGCAGUCCAUGUAUAUCGUGCAAACAGAAUUUUAUACAUAUUUUACGUGAUAGGAGAUAUUUUAUAUUUUAUUUUUAUAUGUCAAUGAGAAAUGCAUUAUUUGCAUUAAUGGAUUAAUUCUACGCAGUUAUCAAUAUUCAAAACAAUUGCAUAUCCAAUAUUUUAAGUAUUUUUGUACUUAGAAUAGAAUAAAAGUAAACUAUUAUUGAUUGCGCAAUAAUGAAAACACCAUGACUAUUUUAAUACUUCAGUGGAAUAUUUAAUAAUUUCUUUUUGGAAUUAAAAGCGAUCUUUGUAACAGCAUACAAUUUUAGAUGUAAAUGAAAGAAAUCUUGACUAGAAAAAUAUUAAUUAUUAGAGAAUCGGAUCAGGUACUUCCAUGUAUACUAUAAACUAGCAAAUAUUUUUAUGUAUAGAAAAUGCAUCUUGGUAAGUUUAAACAAAUAUGUAUAUAUAUUUGUUAAACAAAAAUGACAAUUAUAUGCAAAAUGUUACUAUAAUUAUAUGCGAAAUGUCAAAGAUAUGCAAAGAAUUUCUACGUAUUAUCAUGAGAGCUUCAGGGGAAAUUAAGAGCAAAAUGUAUUAAUAGGGAAUGACACGUCGGUGUUUAUAUUGUUGUACCUGGGGAACUACUUUCCGACUUGCGCUUUUUAAUAAGCAUUUAAUAUUAUUAUGAGAAACGAGAACAAUCGAGGAAAAGAUAAAAGGAUUACAAUACGUAAACGAAUCUUGCCAGGAAUCCUAUAUUACGAGUCACAAAUAAUACAUAUUGUAUUUUUUAAGAAUAUAUAUUGUUAUAUUGUUGAAA